AUGGCACCCCGAUACAGAAAUGGCGAGCACGUCCGGUACAAGCCUGUUGGAGGCCCGGACUCGAACACUCCAGACAGCACUGGGAAGAUCACCGACGUGCUCACAGAGCCUGGCGUACAGGCUGAUCGCAACGUCCAGGCCAGCGCGUCCGAUCCACGUUACGAGAUUGUCAACGACAACACUGGAAAGGCCACCACUGUUUAUGAGAGCAACAUCCUCGGAAAAGCUACAGGACGUUAG